UUCUGUGUUCCGUCACGGGAUCACCUGACUGACACUGUAAACAAACCCUCACCAAGGUGUGGGUGGCAGAGAAAGCUGCCCUUUUUUCUGUUUUUUUAAUCCUCUCCCCUCUCUGUCUCCCCUCUCUCAGUCAUCACCAUAUAUUCUCAACAUUGUAUGCUUCCCGUCAUCUUCAGCCUUCUCGUCUCCGUGAAAUCAGGAGGUAUAUUCGACACACAUUCUUCGGUCCUAGUCAGCCUGGGGUUCUGCUACCUGGGAUUAGCCGGAUCAGCCAGGCUGUGGCUCGUACGUCGGACUGCGUGCGGCCAGCAGUAACAGCCUAGUUGAUCAGGCCCUGAUCCAUCGGGAGGCCUGGUCGUGGACCGGGCCGCGGGGGCGUUGAUCCCCGGAAUAACGUCCAGAACAAGAUGAACAAUAAUCACAGAAGGCAGAACAGCCGUGGCCGAUCAACAGUUCUGAAGGUUGUAAUCCUUGGAGAUGGUGGUGUUGGAAAGUCUUGCCUUAUGAAUCGUUUCGUCACAGACCGAUUUGAUGAACAUUCCUUCCACACCAUUGGUGUUGAAUUCCUGAAUAAGGAAAUUGAACUUGGAGGGGAAACAUACACACUACAGAUCUGGGACACUGCUGGCCAGGAGAGAUUCAAAAGUUUACGCACACCAUUUUAUCGAGGUUCUGACAUGUGUCUUCUUACAUUCUCUGUUGAUGAUCCUUCGAGCUUUCAAAACUUAGAAACAUGGCGUAAAGAGUUUGUUUACUAUGCUGAUGUCAAAGCAGAUUUCCCCUUUCUUGUAGUUGGAAAUAAGAUUGAUCUAGAAAGAAGAGUGACCACCGAAGAAGCAGAAGUAUGGUGCAAAGAGAAUGGAGAUCUUCCAUACAUUGAAACAUCUGCUAAAGAUGACACCAAUGUAGAAGCAUCAUUUAUGAUGUGUUUAAGACGAUGGGCUAACAUUGAGGGAAGGCAGGAGAGAAUGCCUCUUCCUGACACAGUGCAGCUGGGUGGUGACGGCUCACACCACCGACUUUGUGCAUGUUCAUCAUAACUUUAAGACGAGAAACAGACGUGAAGUGACCAGAUGCUCAUGAAAUAAAUGUUAUUCUCUGUCAAGUCAUAAGGGAAAUAGUUUCCGAGUAUAUAUUUUAGAGCAUCACCAUGGAGACUUGUGAUAUUUUUCAAGUGAGUAAAGAGACUUGUAACUUGUAUGUAAUGCAGUAUAAUUAUUUAAUUAUAGACAAAUAUAUAUUUCAGAUAAUUUUUGCAAUGGUAGAGCUUGUACUCCCAGGUUUGUUAACCAUAUCAUAGGGAAGUUUGAAGUACAAGAAAAGCAUGAUUAUAUCAAGCUUUAAAUCGUUUUUCUUGAAAUGUGAUCAUCAUUUCCAUAGUGAAUUUAGAUUUAGAUGUAGAUGUAAUAUGAUUACAAUGACUAUUUAUUAUGUACCAUUUUUUUUCAGUUGAAUUUAACUGAUGUUGCAUUAUGAAACCCUAAUUUCAUCCCCAAAAAUUUAGUAUUUGAGAUGAAUAAGUAUAAUUUUUUCUAUUGUAUGUACAGUAUUCUCUAGCACCAGAAUGAUUUAUUAAAAUCAUUACACAAGCCACAUUAUUUAGAAUAACGCAUGCACAGGGGUGUCCAAAUUUUUAAAGAAUGUUGUUUACAGUAUAAUCCAGCACUGUAAUAGAAACUGGGCACCUCUCUCAUUCAAAAGAAAAAAAAAUUUUAAUUGAUUAUUUUUACUCUGAUUUUUAGAGAUCAUUCCUAAUUCAAAUUUUUGAGAAAAAAAAUCUUUCAUUUAAAAUCAUUCUGAAACAAAGUUUUUUCUUAUUAAAAUUUGGAACAUUAUCUUUUAUUAUGAAAAUCUUGAAUUUAGAAGAUACUAUGCACUAAUUUAAAAUUAUCAGUUGACUUUGGAUUUUAAAUACUGUGCUGUACUUUAAUAGUUGCAAAUGAAAGAGACUGUACUGUAAUAAAAUGGAGAGCAAAUAUGCAAUUAAUUUAUUGACAAAACAAAUCUAUACCAGUCAUAAUAAUAUGCCCGUACUAUACUUCUAAGUACUGUCCAUCUAUACUCUCCACACAUUUCUACUGGUAUACCAUAUGCAGAUACUGUACUUUAGUUAAAUUUGGCAGGUAAUAAGGUUUCCCCAUCCAAGACCUCUGUAGCAUCACCCCAUCCUCCUAAGCCAAUAUUGUUUUUUUCAUUUUGGCUGAAGGCUGUCUGUAAAGUGAUAUUUAUACUAUAAUAUAAAUGUGAGUUUUUUUUCUUCUUCUUCUUCUUCUUUCUUUCUUUCUUUCUUCUUUCUUCUUCUUCUUCUUCCAACUGGUGGAUCCCAGUUGUCUGUUGGCACCUGAAAAAUUUUUAUUGCCUUGAUGUAUUAUUUUAAUGGUGUUAUUGAAUUUGUACAGUAAUUGGUUAAAUUUUUGUUAACAGAUGAUAGUCUAAUUUAAGUGAUGUAGGUAUGAAAAAUUAGCUUUAAAAUAAGUAUAAGACAUCCAGCUAACUGUAAUAAAUUGAAAUGAAUA